ACGCCACACAGCAAAAGCUUCAUUAGUGGUAGUGGCGUUAGCAAUAAUAACAAUAACAAUUGCAGCAAUAGCUGUAGCAGCAGCAGCAGUGAAAAUUUGCUCGACAUUUACAAUGGUAAUGUAAAUCGUGCAGGUGGUGUUGGUGUUGGUGGUGACAUGCCGCCAGAUUUGUUGUAUAAAAAUGCACCAACAAUUUCAGCAAAUGGUGCGCUAGUGCCACCGCCAUAUCGCGAUCCGCCGCCACCACGCAAUAGUCCAUUGCAGUUACAGCAGCAACAGCCACACCAAUUUCAUGCCCAGCAAAUGUCAGCUGGUGGCAUGGGUACGGUGGCAGUGAAUAAUUACAUGCAAGAUUACAACAACUCUAACGAUUACGAUGUGGAGUUUCAGCACUUGGGUGGCACUGGUAGCACCGGUGUUGGCGCUUGCAGCGGCGGCGGCGGUGGUGGUACUGGCAGUGUCGGCAGCAUGGAGGAAAGCGAAAGCAUAUUCCAGGCAACGCAAUACAAUGAUUUAAUGCAAUUGAUUAAAUUUCAACGCGAAAAAAUUUCAGCACAACAGCUGGAAUUGACCAAAUACGAUGCUGAGAUAGUUUAUUUGGAAAAUAAAGAACGCGAUCAGGCGCAAGAGCUCGAAGCGAUUUCACGUGAAAUCACCAAAGCCGAUCAAAUUUUUCGACAGGGUAGUGAACAGCUGCAAACACUACAGUAUGUAGAGGAAGAGAAUGAGCUCGUUAAGCAACAAGAGAAAACUUUAAAAUCUGAAAUUGCUUUGCUGCGCUCUAAAUUGGCUAAUUGUGAAACUGAAUUACUGCAAUGCAAGAAUAAAAUUCGAUUGUUAAUGAACGAUAUUGAGGUAGAACAGCGCAGUAAUGUCACAAGGCAAAAAACGAAUCGUCAAAAUGUUGAGCGUGACUUUCUCAUGGAAAUGGAGCGCAUACAAAGCGAAAUCGAUCAGGCAAUACACAACACUGAUACGUCUAAUAAAACAGCAGAGAAUUUGAAAAAAGAAAUUUUACUUAUUGAAAAUGCAAUAACCGAGAAGAAGCGACAGGUAGAGCAAUUGGUGAACGAAAUGAAAGAGGUUAAUUUGCAAAGCCUCACCGUCAACACCUCCGAGGAAAUUAAGCACUUUUUAGAGGGUUCCAACAAACCCGGGAGUAGUCGGCGCAUAAUCGGUUCACCCAGACAGCUGGAGAAUGCAGUACCCACCAGCAAAAAUCCACAUGGUGUUUGGGUUUAAUUUAAAAAUGCGAAAUAGAAAGAGAGGAGAGAGAGGGCUUUUUCGAGGGCUCUUUUGAGAAGUUAAGUGAUGCAUGAAGUCGGCUGCUGUUCUUAAGUAGUAUUUGUGUUGGGCAAAUACACGCUGCGAUUGACAAUGAAUGUGCUAAAUGAGUGAUGAAUAUGCGUGUGGAAAAUACUAAACGUAAAACUCUUCGAGGAAGUAUUAAACACUCGCCUACAUGAAUAUGUAUAGAUAUAUUCAUAUACCAGCUACUUAUAUAAUGUUUUUUAAAAUCUACUACACAAGCUUGCGCUAACUACAGUCAAACGAGUUACAAACUAACGAACUUUAGGUACUAGAAACAAAUGUUGCAUAUCUGUCAAACAAGGAAAACAAACGAACCAUACAUACAAGCAUAUUUUCAAAUACAUACCUAACUAUUUUAAAGCAAUCAUAUGAAUUAUAUAUCAUACAAUAUUUUAAUAAUGUACUUAACAAAAAAAAGUUGUAUGAUGGCAAACAUUUUGUAAUAUAUACAUACAUAUGUAUGCAGAUGAUACAUUUUGAUGCUUAGUAAAAUUUCUUAAUCAAAGAUCUCUAUUGAAACUUUAAAUGUUACAAAACCGUUAAAGGUACACACAUACAUAACUUUUUAUUAGAAAUUGAAUACCCAUUUAUAAAUUUUAAUGUUAAAUAAUAAGCUAAUGAAAAUCAUGAAAGACAUUUUCUAUGCGUAAAUUUAAUUUAAAGUGACUACAGCUCUGCUCUAAAAAUUAUGAAAAAAUUGUCAAUAGUCACAAGUGUUUUAGUUUCAACUAAUUAUAAACAUAUGUAUAUGUAUAUGUUUAAAAAUUAUAAAGAAAAAGACGACAACACAACCGCAUACAUUCCAUAGUUGCGUAAAGUUUUGCAACAAUCGCUGUUACUUUGUUUUGAUUUUUUUCUUGCUUAGACUGUUCAUAAAUUUUAAUAUUUUUUAUAGCUCAUAUUAAAAACAUUUUGGAGUGGAAAUUUACCACCACACACUUAAAAUUUAUCAUUCCCAUUGUUGCUAUAUGCAUAAAAAAAAAUUGUUGAUUUAAUUUAAGCGUAUAAGUUUGUUUAGUUUAAAAAUUUUCGUAUUGUGUUACUUAGGUAAAGUAAGCUUUCGAAAGCUAGUUUCCUGGAGCAUUAUGAUUAAAUUAAAGCUGUCAAUUGUUUUUAGUAGCUAAGCAACUUUUAUCUUUUUUAUAGCAAAAUACUUUUUUACGAAACAAUUGUGUGAAAUAUGUACAUAUGUAACUACAUAUGAUGAAAUUAAAGUUUUUACACCGCGUGCUGUUAGACAAGUACUUAGCAUUAUUUUGCAAUAAGUUUAUUGUGCUCUUUUAUAUAAAUUAGGUAGAUGAACUUUUCGUUGAAAAAGUAGUUAGUUUUUUUUAAAUAAAAUUUUAAAUAUUUGUAGCCACAAGGAAUUUCGUAUGUA